AAAAGGAAGAGAAAAGAAAAUAAAAGCUCAGAUUCCUCUCCAAACAGGUCCUAUCCUUUUCCCCCCUCUCUCUCUCUCUCAUUGUUGUUUUCGCUCACGGGGCCCUCCAUUUGUAAAAAGAAAUGAGGAAGAUGAGGACAUGCAAAGCUACCAUACCAUAAAGAUUGACCUAAGAUUUCCAUAGGAAUUUGCAACAGCCAAGAUCCUCUGGAAAUUUAAUUGGUCCAGCAGCAAGAAUUAUUUGUUGCCAAUUGUUUUGUGCUCAAGGAUGGUAGGUGGAGGAGAAUUCAAGGGCACCAUGGUGCAAAAGAUGGUGUGUGGUAGCACAAGCAACGCCAACAAUAUCAUGAGUGGGUUGAGGCCUUGUGCCGAGGAGGAGCAAGAGGAAUCCACCAAGAUGCCUCUCAUGUCUUCUUCUCCUUCUAUGGCUUGCUCCCAUGAUCAUCAGCUCCUUCACAACUCGUCAGGUCAUGUUCCUGAGGUUCGUGGCAGUACUGCAACUUCCCCUGCAAGUUUGCAAGGUGGGCAGGAGGAGGGCCAGAUGCCAGAAUCAUGGAGCCAGAUGCUUCUAGGGGGAUUAGUUGGAGACCAUGAGUCAGAUCUACUGCCAAAAGGAUUAGAGGAGGGUCCUAUGGCGGCUCAGGCUGGAGCCCCAGCUUACGGUUUCUAUGGCCAUGGUGUUGAAGACGAGAUCCAGGCGUCAGGGCCCAACUCCCAGCUGAGCCAGAUGCUCUUGGCUUUCUCUCCUAGGUCAUGCAUCACCUCGAACCUCGACGGCGGCUUGCUGGACUUCUCCAAAGGUGUUGCGCCGGCGCCCGCACCGGAGCUGUGGAAUCAACAAUCGGAUAACUCGUCUGAGAGUAACAGCACUGCAACUGGAUCAGCUCCCAAGAAGGCUAGGGUUCAAGGCGGCUCUUCUUCGGGACAGUCUAUUCUGAAGGUAAGGAAGGAGAAGCUCGGGGAUAAAAUAACAGCACUUCAUCAAAUAGUUUCCCCAUUUGGCAAGACCGACACUGCGUCCGUGCUGCAAGAGACUAUUGGCUAUAUCGGAUUCCUCCUGAGUCAAAUAGAGGCUCUCAGCUACCCGUAUUUGGGACAUGGCACUGGAGCCUCCGUACGUCACCAAGCUCAGCUGAACCAUGGUGAUCACAUAAAUGCCUCAGCCGAAGCAGCCCAUACCGAGCAGGAUGCACAAGAUGGCGAGAGCAAGAAGUCGGACCUGAGGAGCAGAGGGAUGUGCCUGGUGCCGGUGUCGUGCAUUACCUCGCGUCUGGGCGCCGACAACGCCUCUGAUUUCUGGCAGCCGGCGCCGCCGCUCGGCGGCAUCAUCCUGCGCUAGGAUCAUCAAAUUGUUUACACACCGCGCACGCGCGUAAAUAUAUACCUUAGCGUUCACACAUUAAUUUUGUUAUACAUAUAUAUCUGUUGAGAUAUUCAGCAACACAUAUCAUCAGGAGCAGUCAUUCUAUGUCCAAGAGUGAUUGCUCAUGAUGCUAUGCAAUGCAUGUAUGUAUGCACACAAUAUACACACAAGCUGCUGCUCUCCACCUGUUGUGUGUGCAUGUACUAUCUUUUUCUACGGAAUGUGUAUCUGUUUUGCAACGGAAGGUUGACCUAUUUUGAGACCCAGGAAGCUUUAUAUUGAUUCAAA